UGCCGCGCAGGGCGUUCUUUCUGCGGUCACAGGCGGCGUAGUCGUUCUAGGGGUGGGUCUUUCUUGGCAAAGGAAAACCCACCUUUUUCAUUGUUUGGAUCUAGAGAAGGAAUGUGAUGGUUUGAUCUUGCGGCGCAAGGGAGGGGGUGAGAGAAGGAACUAGCGAGGACCCUGCUGAGAGCUGCUCUCUUCAACCUCAAAAAGUCAAACGCGACUGAGUAGUUUACCUUUCCAGAGCGCUACCUCCGAAAAAAAUUGUCACCGUUCUUCUCCCGGUGCUCAAGGUGAUCAAAACUCACUUGGAUCACCAGUGAUAGCGGAGACAAGGGUGAAAUAAAAAGUAUUCAAAGCUUCCUCCUGAAGGUAGGAGGAAAACAGGGACCUGUCCUUUUUGAUUUCGUCUUAAGUUCACGGAACCAUUAUAAAACACCACCAUACAAAUGUGUGCCCCUCCAUCAAACAAUCAUAAAGACCUCACAGUAGAUUAGCAUCAGAAAGAAAAAAUGACAGACACAACAAAUCGCCAUCUGAGACACAAGUUGCAGAAUUUAGGAAGACGUCUGGAUGAGCUUGAAGAGGCCAGAGGCAAACUACAGAAAGCUGAAGAUGAACUUCUUGACAUUCAGGACAAAAUCAUUCAGGCUGAAGGGAGUAAUUCCUCACUGCUCACCGAUGUGGAGACAAUGCGGAAAAGAUUGCUCAAAAUUGAAGGCAAAGAUGAAGAGGUCAGGAAAGCGGAGGAUCUUUGUCGUAAGGUUAGGGAGAAAUUAGAUCAGGAAGAGAAACUUACCAAGGAUCUUAAAGUAGAGAUUGAGCGUCUUCAGCGGAGAAUGACUGAGCUUGAGAAGCUUGAAGAGGCUUUUGGUAAAAGCAAGUCAGACUGUAGGCAGUUGUGCAUUAGUCUUAAUGAGGAGAAAAACCUGACCAAAAAGCUUGCUGCAGAGCUUGAUGCCUUGGAGGCCCGUGUCAAGGAAGUGGAUACCUCUGAAGCUCGACUAGGCAGGGCAGAAAAAUCUCUUACUGCAGAGAUGGAGAAACUAAAGGGUCUCACUCAGACGUUUGUGACUGAACGCAAAAGAUUUCUGGAAAGGCAGAGAGAGGAUGAGAAAUUCAUUCUCAAGCUGACUGAGAAGCUUGAACUUCAGAAAAGCAAGCUAGGCCCAGCAGACUACAGCCGAUUUGAUUCUAGAGAUCUUCGAAUUGAGGAUGAGUUCUCAGCUGGCCUUACAUCCAAACUGGCCAGGAAGAAGAGUUUUGACUACUUGAAGCAUGCAGAUGACCUAGAUUUGAGAAAUGAGUCGGAGAAUGAGACCUUCUAUCCCAAUGACCCCAGCUCCUCUCGAACAAGCAGUCGGAGCAGUAGUUUGUCAAGUGAACCCCCUUCCAAGGAAAGGCACACUUCCACAAGUAAUAUUGUCAUCGGUCCCAGUAGUGAGCACAGAGGUAGCAUCUCUAUACCUUAUGAAAUAUCCAUCCCUAAGAGUGAGAUCACGCUACGUCAAGGUGAGACUGAUGCUGACUUCUCUGAACCUCACAGUUACCUUGAGACUGCUCCCGUGGAGGCAGCCCUCCUAUCUCAAAGCAGUUUCAGCCUCCAGUCUUCAGAAGCUUCAGAUUUGAACAAUGACAUUGAGUCUGGGUUUGAGAGCAGCAGUAGCGGCACCACCGUGACCAACUGGAAAAGCCACCACAACCACCACUCAUAUGAUGACAGUUUGCCAGAAAUGAGAAACGUCACUGUCAGGAGCACUUGGAGGAGCCGUGGGGCAGCUUCUGUCGAUGAAUCUGCUCGAGCACUAAGGCAAGAUGGCUCAGAGGAUGAGUGCGAGUCUGCAUCCACCUGGAGAGCAUAUAGGGCAACUACAGUGUUGGACACUCCAUCAAACUCCAGCACUGUUGCUAAAUGUGGAAGUAAACCCAGCCCAGUCGAAGUAUACAUGCGCAGAAUCAACAAUGCAGCACCAUCGGUCCAUGAUCUGAGACGACAAAACAAGAAGACUCCUUCACCAGAGAGGGCUAUUGCACAUGAGCCUGUCAGUGCUCAGCAACUUCAACCAAGAGGCCGUAAACACCCCAUGGCGAGUACUGAUUUUCUACUUUUUGACCAUAUUCAAUAAAAAGAUGUAGAUUCCAUUCACAGACUGGACAAGCAUAGUCAUGCUAACUUUAUUGAAAAAAAGAUAAUUUUAUAAAUGUAUUUAACCUUUAAAUGUAAGGGUGCUCCAAUCAGGAUUUUUUGGGCCGAUCACCGAUUGUCAAUCACAGGAAGCAGUAUCUGCCGAUACCGAUCACUGUUACGAUCUUUUUGAAGCCUUCUUUUUAAGAAUUAUUUAUAGUGAAGCUCCAGUCAGGAUUUUUACAGACAUUCA